AUGCGUGCAGUCGGGUUGGUUACAGGCCUCAUUGGCAUUGCCAAUGCUGCCUGUCCUUAUAUGACGGGAGAAACGGCUGGCUUGGAUCGCCGUGGUGAGAAGGACGCCGCUUCGGGCACCGAAGAGUUCCUGUCCGAGUUCUACCUGAAGGAUGACGAGAAUGUAUUCUUGACGUCCGACGUUGGUGGUCCAAUUGAGGAUCAAAACAGCUUGAAGGCGGGCGAACGCGGGCCCACCCUGCUCGAGGAUUUCAUUUUUCGACAGAAGAUCCAGCGCUUUGAUCACGAACGAGUUCCGGAGCGCGCAGUCCACGCUCGAGGAGCUGGUGCCCAUGGAGUUUUCACCUCUUACGGCGAUUGGUCAAACAUCACUGCAGCUUCUUUCCUGUCUGCGAAAGGCAAGGAGACGCCCAUGUUUGUGCGUUUCUCUACUGUUGCCGGAAGCCGAGGCAGUGCCGACACCGCUCGCGAUGUACACGGCUUUGCGACCCGUUUCUACACUGAUGAAGGCAAUUUCGACAUCGUUGGCAACAACAUUCCCGUCUUUUUCAUCCAGGAUGCCAUCAAGUUCCCCGAUUUGAUCCACGCAGUCAAGCCUCGGGGUGACAACGAGAUCCCACAGGCAGCCACUGCCCACGACUCUGCCUGGGACUUCUUCAGCCAGCAGCCCAGCUCCCUCCACACUCUCCUCUGGGCCAUGGCCGGUCACGGUAUCCCUCGAUCUUUCCGCCACGUUGACGGAUUUGGUGUGCACACUUACCGCCUUGUUACAGACAAGGGAGACACCAAAUUGGUCAAAUUCCAUUGGAAGGGUCUUCAGGGUAAGGCCAGUCUGGUCUGGGAAGAGGCACAGCAAGUGUCCGGAAAGAACGGGGACUUCAUGCGCCAGGAUCUUUUCGACGCCAUUGAAGCCGGCCGCUACCCGGAGUGGGAGCUCGGCGUCCAAAUCAUGGAAGAGGAUGACCAACUCCGAUUCGGAUUUGAUCUUCUGGAUCCCACCAAGAUCGUUCCCGAGGAGCUUGUCCCUGUCGUCAAGCUUGGAAAGAUGACAUUGAACCGCAACCCAAUGAAUUACUUUGCCGAGACUGAGCAAGUGAUGUUCCAACCUGGUCACAUUGUUCGAGGUGUCGAUUUCACCGACGACCCUCUUCUCCAAGGUCGUAUCUACUCUUACCUGGACACGCAGCUCAACCGUCACGGUGGUCCCAACUUCGAGCAGAUUCCCAUUAACCGUCCUCGCGUUCCUAUCCACAACAAUAACCGCGAUGGUGCUGGUCAAAUGUACAUUCCGCUCAACCCCAAUGCUUAUUCCCCCAACACUCUCAACAAGGGCUCCCCCAAGCAGGCGAACGAGACUGUUGGCAAGGGCUUCUUCACUGCGCCUGGUCGCACCUCAAGCGGCAAAUUGCUCCGUGCUGUCAGCUCCACCUUUGAGGAUGUCUGGUCCCAGCCACGCCUGUUCUGGAACUCGCUUGUCCCUGCCGAGCAGCAGUUUGUGGUUGACGCAAUGCGCUUUGAGAACGCAAAUGUGAUGAGCCAAGUGGUCCGAAACAACGUCGUCAUCCAGCUUAAUCGUAUUAGCAACGACCUCGCCAAGCGUGUGGCUGAAGCCAUUGGCGUGGAUGCGCCCCAGCCUGAUCCCACCUACUAUCAUGACAACACCACUGCCAACAUCGGUGCCUUUGGCCAGAAGCUGAAGAAGCUGGAGGGCCUUAAGGUUGGCGUUCUUGCCUCUGUGGCCAAUGCUUCAUCAAUUUCUCAGGGUGCAGCUCUCCAGAGCCAGCUGAAGGAUGUUGGCGUCGAUGUGGUGGUCGUCGGUGAGCGUAUGGCUCACGGUGUUAACCAGACCUACUCUGCGAGUGACGCGAUCAACUUCGAUGCAGUGAUUGUUGCCGACGGUGCUGAGGGACUCUUCAGCACAAGCUCGAGCACUGUUUCGCCCAAGGCCAAGUCAUCGGGCGCCACCUCGCUAUACCCUGCCGGUCGCCCCAUGGACAUCCUCCUUGACGCUUUCCGCUUCGGUAAGCCUGUUGGAUCUCUUGGACAGGGUUCCGUUGCGCUUGAGAAUGCGCAGAUCUCAAGCGACCGUGACGGUGUCUACGCUGCGAAGAGUGUCGAUAAAGACUUUGGCGACAAGGUCAAGGAGGGACUGCGGAUUUUUAAGUUCUUGGACCGGUUUGCUCUUGAUGAGUAG